CGUGCGCCAGUCACUUAGUCGGAGGCUCGCCGAGGAGGAGGUGGAGGAGGAGUAGGACAGUGCCGAAAGGAUACACUUACUUUUUUUUUUUUUUAACAGGAAAAAAAUGGAGCAGCGUCGCCUUAACUUGUUCGUCUUUUUACUCGUCAACGCCGUGUUUGUCAGCCACCAGUCGAAAGAACAAGUAUUGCUGGACAUGAGGUCUUCGGGAGGAGAGCUGGGCUGGCUGACGCUGCCAUAUGAGAACGGGUGGGAGAUAGUCCAGACGGUGGUGAACGGCUCGCUCUUCUACACCUACAGCGUGUGCAACGUAGAUGCCGCCGAUCAGGACAACUGGUUGCGCACCACGUUUAUCCAGCGGCGUCCGGGCGCCACGCGCGUCUCCGUGGAGCUGCGCUUCAUCGUGCGUGACUGCAACAGCUUCAACGGCGCUUCCGUGUCCUGCAAGGAGACCUUCAACUUAUUCAUCUCAGAGACAGACGCCGACGUGGGCACCAACUUCCGCAGGGGCCAGUUCCGCAAGGUGGCCACCAUCGCCCCGGACGAGGUGACGCGGGGCCAGAAACCCCUGGUCAACACUGAGACCAAGACGGUGGGCCCGCUGUCCCAGAAGGGCUUCUACCUGGCCUUCCAGGACAUGGGCGCCUGCGUGGGGAUCCUCUCGGUGCGCGUGUACUACAAGACGUGCCCGUCCACCGUGCAGAACCUGGUGGCCUUCCCGGAGACGGUGGCUGACGCGCUGCGGGAAGUGGAAGGCGCCUGCGUGGAGAACGCCGUGAGUCAGUCCACGCCACGCAUCUACUGCUCCGCAGAGGGCGAGUGGGUGGUUCCCAUGGGCCAGUGCCAGUGUCUCGCCGGCUACGAAACCACCGGGGACUCGUGCCAAGAAUGCAAGCCGGGAGACUUCAAGCCCACCGUGAGCGGCGAGCUGUGUCGGGCGUGUCCCGACAACACUAAGCCCUCCGCGGCCGGCGCCACCCGCUGCGAGUGCGAGGAGGGUUUCUUCCGCUCGCCGUCGGACCCACCCACGUCGCCGUGUUCCACUCCGCCCAGCGCUCCCCGCGACCUGACCGCCGCCACCCUGUCCGCGGACGGCCGGCUGCAUCUGUCGUGGAGUUCGCCGCUCGUGACGGGGGGCCGCGGCGAUCUCACCUACAGCGUGCUGUGCGAGCAGUGCGACAGGGCCUCGUGCACCCCCUGCGGCGACAAGGUCCGUUUCGAGCCCGGCCCCGUCGACCUGCGGGACACCGAGGUCGUAGUCGACGACCUGGACUCGCACCUCAACUACACGUUCACGGUGGAGGCGCACAGCGGCGUGUCCCAGUAUGGCGCUGCGAGGCCCGCCGCGUCCAUCACCACCGCUCUGGACUAUACUGAUCCCCCCAAGGUGACGUUGAUCCAGCUGGAUGAUCGCAGUCCCACCAGCCUCUCUCUGUCGUGGGCUCUGUCUCGCCGACCUCCAGCGCACAUCAGUCAUCGCUAUGAGCUCAUGUACCGCAGAAAAGAUGGCGACAGAGAGCGCGACGUAACCACCUUCACGGUCCUGAUCCUGGACAAGAGCUCUGUGCACAUAAACGACCUCACGCCAGACACGACGUACAUGUUCAGGGUGCAGGCGCUCAGUCCCGAGGGGAGCCCUGGGAGCUACAGCUCCGAGUACGAGUUCCACACUUCGCCACUAGCUGAAUCUCAGAUCCAGAGCCCCUCCACCAUGGUGAUGGGAGCGGUCGCUGGAGUUGCAGUUGUUCUGCUCGUGGUUGUGGCCGUCCUGCUGCUGCGUAAAAGAAGACUGAGAUCUCAUCGUCGGGGAGGACCCGAGGAUCCCUACUUUUCAUCAGAUCAGCUGAAGCCUCUAAAGACUUACGUGGAUCCGCAUACGUACGAGGACCCCAACAUCGCCAUCCAGAAGUUUGUCACGGAAAUCGACCCGAAUUUCAUCAGCAAGCAAAAAGUCAUCGGCGUGGGCGAGUUCGGGGAAGUGUUCCGAGGCGUGAUGAAGUCCCCCGCCCGAGGCGAGGUGGCCGUGGCCAUCAAGACCCUCAAGCCGGGCUACUCCGAGAAGCAGAGGCAAGAGUUCCUGAGCGAGGCCAGCAUCAUGGGCCAGUUCUCGCACCCCAACAUCAUCCGCCUGGAGGGAGUCGUCACUAAAUUCAAGCACGCCAUGAUAGUGACGGAGUACAUGGAGAACGGAGCUCUCGACAUCUAUCUCAAGGACCGCGACGGGGAGAUUCCCACCUACCGGCUUGCGGGAAUGCUGCGCGGAAUCGCGGCCGGCAUGAAGUACCUCUCGGACAUGAAUUACGUUCACCGGGACCUGGCGGCGAGGAACGUCCUGGUCAACAGCGACCUGGAGUGCAAGGUGUCCGACUUCGGACUGUCGCGCGUCCUGGAGGACGACGCCGAGGGGACGUACACGACCAGAGGAGGCAAAAUCCCCAUCCGCUGGACCGCCCCCGAAGCCAUCGCUUACAGGAAGUUCACUUCAGCCAGCGACGUGUGGAGCUUUGGCAUCGUCAUGUGGGAAGUCAUGGCGUUUGGCGAGCGGCCCUACUGGGACAUGAGCAACCACGAGGUCAUGAAAGCCAUCAACGAGGCCUUCAGGCUGCCCGCGCCCAUGGACUGCCCCUCGGCCAUCUACCAGCUCAUGCUCCAGUGUUGGCAGCACGACCGCUCCGAGAGACCCCGCUUCACCGACAUCGUCAACAUCCUGGACAAGCUGCUCCAGAGUCCCGAGUCUUUGAGCACCAUCGCAGACUUUGACCCACGCGUGUCCAUCCGCUUGCCCAGCACCAGCGGCUGCGACGGCACCGCGUUCCGCUCGGUUCCCGAGUGGCUGGAGUCCAUCAAAAUGAGCCAGUACGGCGACAGCUUCGCUCGGGCGGGGGUCUCCACCAUGGAGCAGGUGCUCGCCCUGAGGCACGAGGACAUCAGGAACAUCGGGGUCCGUUUGCCGGGCCACAUGAAGAGAAUAGCCUACAGCAUCCUGGGCCUGAAAGACGAGUGCAGCUCCCUCAGCGUCUUUGCGGUGUGAUCUCGGCAUUCCCAACGCUUCAACGUGGACGAGAAGCCACCACGCCGCGUUAAACCUCGUGGACGAAGAGCAAUGAAAGUGCAGGGGUAGACGCCAUGGCUGUAAAAAAAAAAAAAGAAAA